AUGCGAAAAGGCGCCGUUAACACCGAGGGAACCCCGAAAUUUGGACAGUGCCGCGGGGGAAAGGAGCCAGAACCCUCAGAGGACAACAGGACCCGCUGCAAAAAGCACUGGGAGGGAACUGGGAUCGAACCGCGCCCGGAGGCGGCAGUGGGCGGGGCCGGGGGCGAGGGGCGGGACUAUGCAAAUCAGAGAGUCAUCGCGCGCUGGGAUUGGUGGGCGGGAGCAGCGCGGGGUUUGCCCGGUCACGUGAGGGGCGGGACGGGGUCGGAGCGAUGGCGGCGGCGUCCGCAGUGUCACCACGAUGGGACAGGUGGUGACAGAGGUGGUGGCCUUGGUCCCCAGCUGAUCCUGUUCGGGCUCAGCAACCAGCUGGUGGUGGCCUUCAAGGAGGACAACACGGUGGCCUUCAAGCACCUGUUCCUCAAGGGCUACGAGGACGGCACCGAUGACACCCAGGCCAUCUACACCCGCGGGGACCUCCUGGAGCACCUGGACUUCGUCCUUGAGAAGUACCUGGCUGUCCCCAACGAGACCCUGGGCCGCUACGCCUACGGUGGCACCGGGAGUGGCGCCGGGCUCCGGCUGUGCCAGCGCUUCUUCCGCAGGGGGGACAUCGACCCCGGCAACGACACCUUCGACAUCGACCCCAGCGUGGUCACCGAAUGUCUGGGGGUGCACCCCGGGGACCCCCAGCCGCCGGCGCUGGACGGCACCGACGGCAAUUUCACCCUCCAGUUCCACAGGCUGAUCAACGUCACCGUGGAGUUCCAGCUCAAGGCCAUCAACAUCCAAACGCUGCUGAACCACGAGAUCCCCGACUGCUACACCUUCAGUGUCACCGUCACGUUUGACAACAGCGCCCACAGCGGGCGGGUGCGGAUCCGCCUGGACACCCACGCGGCCAUCCGGGAGUGCCACCACCCCUCGCUGCCCGGCAGAGGUGACACCCCGCUGCGCCUGUCCUUCGACGUGCUGGUGACGGCCGUGUGCGCCCUGUCCCUGGCGCUCUGCGCCCGCUCCAUCGCCCGCGGGCUGCUCCUGAUGAGGGAGUUCAGCCGCUUCCUGCGCCGCCGCCGCGGCCUGGCCGUGUCGCUGUCGGACCGGCUGGAGUUCCUCAACGGGUGGUACCUGCUGCUGGUCACCAGCGACCUCCUCACCGUGCUGGGCACCGUGCUCAAGAUCGGCAUCGAGGCCAAGAACUUCUCGGGGUACGACGUGUGCAGCAUCCUGCUGGGCACCUCAACGCUGCUGGUGUGGGUCGGCGUCAUCCGCUACCUGACCUUCUUCCAGAAGUACAACAUCCUGAUCGUGACGCUGCGCGUGGCGCUGCCCAACGUGAUGCGCUUCUGCUGCUGCGUGGCCGUGAUUUACCUGGGCUACUGCUUCUGCGGCUGGAUCGUGCUGGGCCCGCACCACGUCAAGGUGGCCAUUCCCAAAUUUCGGGUUUGGGGUUGGGAGAUUCCCAAAUUUCGGGUUUGGGGUUGGGAGAGUCCCAGAUUUCAGUUUUGGGAGUUCGCCACCUUCGCGGCGCUGCGGCCCAGCGGGGCGCUGGUGUGGCUCUUCAGCCAGGUGUACCUGUACUCCUUCAGCGCGCUCUUCAUCUACAUGGUGCUCAGCCUCUUCAUCGCCCUCAUCACCGGCUCCUACGACACCAUCAAGAACCAGUCCGAGGGUGACACCGCCGUGUCCCAGCUCCUGUCCCCUGUGUCCCCUGUGUCCCCAGAACCAGUCCGAGGGUGACACCGCCGUGUCCCAGCUCCUGUCCCCUGUCCCCUGUGUCCC